AUGAAGUUCACUGGAUUCACCGUUUCACUCGCCCUUGCUGGCUUGAGCUACUCUGCCGCUAUUCCCGUCCUCGGCAAUGCCGAGGAUACUGUUUCUGGCAUUGAGGGUGCCGUUGGCGGUGUCACAGGUCCAGCUGCCAACAUUGCUGCGCCUAUCACCUCUACCGCUGGCGGCCUGAAUGGUGCAAUCAAGCGUGACGGUACUGCCGCCCUUGGUGAGACCGUUGAGACCAUUCCAAGCCUUGCCAAUGGUGCUGUUGGCAUUGCUGGUAGUGCUGUUGGUACCGUCGAGAACACCGUUUCUGGUGUCGGUCCAGCCGGAAAACGUCAGCUUAACAACGACCUCAUUGGUAGCACUCUUGGAAGCGCCGUUCCAGCCAUUAUUCAGCAAGCCAAAGCUGGCGGCCUGCCCGGUGCCGCCAAGCGCGAUGGAACUGACGCACUUGGAGAGACCGUCGAAACUGUUCCAAAUCUUGCCAACAGUGCUGUUGGCAUUACUGGUAGUGCUGUUGGUACCGGUGAAAGUCUCGUCUCUGGUGCCGCUGGCACUGCCGAAAAUGCAGUUUCCGGCUCGGCCGGGAAGCGUCAGCUCAACAACGACCUCAUCGGUAGCACUCUUGGAAGCGCCGUUCCGGCCAUUAUUCAGCAAGCCAAAGCUGGCAGCCUGCCUGGUGCCAAGCGCGAUGGAACUGCCGCACUUGGUGAGACCGUCGAAACUGUUCCAAGCCUUGCCAACAGUGCUGUUGGCAUUGCUGGUAGUGCUGUUGGUACCGGUGAAAGUCUCGUCUCUGGUGCCGCUGGUACUGCUGAAAAUGCAGUUUCCGGCUCGGCCGGGAAGCGUCAGCUCAACAACGACCUCAUCGGUAGCACUCUUGGAAGCGCCGUUCCAGCCAUUAUUCAGCAAGCCAAAGCUGGCAGCCUGCCUGGUGCCGCCAAGCGCGACGCACCUGCCGCACUUGGUGAGACUGUCGAAGCUAUUCCAAACCUUGCCAACGGCGCUGUGACAACUGCUGGUAGUGCUGUCGGUACCGCAGAGAACGCUGUUGGCCAUGCUUAA